GACUGUGAGUCUGUUUUUCCUCUCCAGUGUCCAAACAGAAACCUCAAGGCGAUGGUGCUGCUAUAAUUUCUGUAGCAGGCAGGAGAAUUAAACCCUGUGUCCCCAAUGAAGCACAGUUUGGAGAUGCUGAGUGGAUCCUGCUGGAGUCCUGAAACACAACAGGCGGAUGUGUAUAGCACAAUGGAAAGUGAUCCUGCGGAAUGGACCAGCUUCAGACUGAUCUCAUGAAGCUUCAUGACUGCCUCGUUUUUAGGAAUUUUACCAGCGAUCGCAUCACUUGAUAAAAACACUCGAGGGACUGUGUUUUUAUUGUUGUUUUUCCUAUUCUUUUUUUUUUUUUGGCUUGCAUAUUGCAAGUUUGCUUACGGGUUAACGCAAAGCUGUCCUCUCAACCACUGAUUGAUUGAUCUCAGGCUACAUAGCUUGAGCAGAUAUCCCCGGGCCUGCGAGGGAUCGAUCCGAGACGUAGCCGAGAGAGGAACGCUGCGUUCCGGCGUCGCUUUAACGCAACAUCGGGGAUUCGGUCCGGCCUACAACUCUGGACGCAGAUUCCCAGGAUAUCUAUCUUAUGGAUUCUGUUUUAUCUUAUUAACUGUUUAAUUCUCGAAGACGGUUUAAAAAAUUUUAACACAUUCGCAACAAAUAGACAAUUUUAGGCAUCCUUAUUUACUUUAAAUUAUUAACAACCCUGUUUGGAGCUAGCUAGAUAACACUACUUGUAGAUUGCUGGCUUGUUUUGCAGCAAUAAUAAUAAUAGUAAUAUUUUAGCGACGUUAAUUUGUUUCUAAGAGCAAAAAGAAUUUGCGAGAGUUUCUUUAAUGAGUGCACUUUAGAAAUUAAUGUGUUAAAAUUGGUCAUUUUCCCCCACUCAGUCACUCAGUCACCUUGCUUUGUUUACAACAUUGUCACUAGUUAGCCAAGGCUUCAGGGUACAGCAGAGUUCAGUGACAUUUAACGAGGAUUAUUAUCAUUAUUAUUUUUAUUAUCAUGUUCUGAAACACAAUCUUUCUCUACUCAUUUCAUUUAAGGAUGCACUAAUGUUCAACUCUAAGAGCAACCGUAGGCUGUGACACACUAAAGUGUUGUUUCUAAAUUAAAGAUAACUCUAAAUUAAGGUUCACACUUCAUGCUGCUGGCAUUUAUGACCUUGUGGGCAUAUCAUCAACUUGACUAAAAGUCAGAGGAGAAAGGAAAUGUUAAAUCUGCCCAGUAGUUCAUUUCAUAUCCCAAAUCUAAAGCUUUAAAGUGAGUGGACAGAGGUACAAUCUCCAACUCUUCAGGGUUUUGGACCAUCCCAGAUCACUCAGCAUUAUAAAUGAGACGAUGCAUACCAGGACCAUCGCCGUGGCCUGAAAGAUAUAAAUAAAUAAACCAUAACGUACGGGAAGAAAAGUGACAUCUUCGCCCUGUGAAUGAAUCAAGAGCGAGGAAGAAGCUGAGACGGACAGUUUGGCUACGGAGAUGACCAGACGCUGACCACAGGUUCACUACACAGACGAGUGGUCGAGCUUCGGGAGCUGCGCAGACAUGAGUGUUCGACCUCCAACGUCGACUCUGGACAGGUUGAGCAGCUUGACGCUGGGAGACUCGAGGUCUUCUCUCGGCCAGCAGAGAGACUCUUUCGCCGAGUUCCCUGCUGACGGUGCAGCUGCAGGUCUGGUGCAGAGAUGCGUGAUCGUACAGAGGGACAGUCUGGGCUUCGGCUUCACCGUGUGUGGAGAAAGAAUUAAGCUGGUGCAGAACGUUCGUCCAGGCGGAGCAGCAGUGAAGGCCGGAGUGCAGGAAGGAGACCGGAUCAUUAAGGUCAACGGCUCCUUAGUGUCUUCCAUGUCUCAUCAAGAAGUCGUGAAGAUGAUCAAAUCUGGAACGUACGUGGCGUUGACACUCCAGGGCCCACCUCCUUCAGUAGCCUCUGUCCCUCUUCAGCCCCUCUCAUCUGAACUCCCAGCCAAUCACAGGACGCAGCUAGGGGAUGAAACCCCGCCUCCUCCACCCUCACCCCUUCCUGCUUCAGCAUUCAGCACGCCAUCGCAGAGAAUCACCGGCCCCAAACCGCUACAGGACCCAGAAGUCCAAAAGCACGCCACACAGAUCCUGAGAAAGAUGCUGGAACAGGAAGAGGCGGAGCUACAGGACCUGCUGGAGGAGCGGUCCCGUAACCCGUCGUCCUCGCUGGAAGAGCGGAUAGAAAGCGCGAAAAGGCGUGCUAAUCAAGUCCGCGUCAAAAUGCAGAAAGAUCUGGAUGGGACACGCUCGGAAACAGCAAGCAACUACGUGACGGCUGGAGAAGGUCGAUUGUGCAUGGAUGCGGGUGAAGGGGACUAUGAAACAUGCGAGAGUCCUUUCUCCUCUCCGUCCUCAUCAUUCAGGACUCCUCAACACCACAGACAAGGCUCUUUUGAAUCAGCUGGGAAAGCUCAUAUAAUCGGUCCAGAGGAAGAAGACGACGAUUACGACGGAUAUAUGACGAAUGACAUGGACGGCCCGUUUCAGGACAUCGAGCUGCUGAAGACUCGUCCCGCUCACAUGACUGUAUUUAUGAGAUACAUCUUCAGUCAGCUGCUGGACCCCAACCCACUGCUCUUCUAUCUCUCUGUCGAGGCUUACCUGGGUUCGAGUAUUAAAGACGCCCGUACUGUCGCGCCCCAGAUCUGCUCUCACUUCCUGGACCCCGAUGCUCCUCUGAAGAUUAAAGUCAGAGAUGAGUAUCUGACAGACAUAGAGUCUCGUCUCCACGCUCAGGAGGACAUCAGAGGUCCGCUGUCCGAGCUCCAGCAGCAGGUCCUUCCAGAGAUCCAGGACCAAAUUCAGGACUACAGGAACAAGCAGCUCAUGGGGCUGGGCUCCCUGUUCGGAGAGAGCGAUCUUCAGCAGUUAGACGGCGACCCGGCGAAAGAGAGACAGGUGGUGGACAGACAGAUCACGGCGCUGUGGGAACUGCUCUCAAAGCACGAAGAGGAGAGAAGUUCCCCGUUAGCAUCAGCCAUCACUCUUUACCUGCGGCACGCCGGGGUCAAGCUGAGAGAUUCCAAACUGUUCCCAGGACUCAGCACCGAGAAGGAAAAGUGGCUUGCUUUCUUCCCCAAGACCAAGAGGCAGCUGAGCGGCACAAAGAAAGAGAAAGAUGGAGAGGAUAAGAAGAGAAAUCCGAUCUUGAAGUACAUCGGCAAACCCAGGAGCACGUCCCAAUCCACGUUCCAUGUCCCGUUAUCCCCUACAGAAGUGCGUGCAGGUAACGUGCGGAACAUUAUACAGCAGUUUGAGAACCACACAGACGGUGAGGAGGGGGAGAACGGCGGGCAGAGACUCUCCACUGGCAGCCUCGGGGACGAGAGCAUGGACAGUCCUACGGUGUCUGUGCGUUUGGCUCGCAGCGAGUCCUUGAAGGCUCAGGGCGAGGGGCGACGACGUGGAGGAGGAACGGCGGUGGAGACUGUUCCCCGUUCCCGUAGCGACGUCGACAUGGAAGACUGCGACGAAAGGGAAGGGCCAGGACUCCGCCCAUUACAUCACAGCGCUUCUUCCUCAGCUUCCAGCAGCUCAGCUAGGUCACUCGAGAAUCCCACGCCACCUUACACCCCUCGCUCCAGACGCAGGAGUGUGGACACGCCGUUGGCGUUGUUACCGGACGCUCCUCCUCUGGAAGAGGACGUUGUUGACUCUCAGAACUGGCAGGAGACGGUGGAGGCGCACACGCUCCAGUCCCUCAGCUCGCGCGAGAUCGACCGGCAGGCGGUCAUAUACGAGUUAUUCACGACGGAAGCGUCUCACCUGCGGACGCUCAGGGUUCUGGAUCAGGUGUUCUUCCAGAAAAUGAGAAACCUUCUGACCUCAGACGAGCUUUCCUGCAUCUUCCCUAACCUUCCUCAAGUCUACGAGCUGCAUGCGAGUCUGUGCGAAUCCAUGAAGAAGCUGAGGGAAUCUCCUAUAGUCCAAGGCAUCGGAGACAUCAUGCUGGCUAGAUUUGAAGAUGCAGCAGGAGAGGAGUUUCAGGAGCAGGUGUCUCACCUGUGCAGUCAGCAGAGUCAGGCACUGGAGCUCAUCAAGAACAAACAGCGCAAAGACCCUCGCUUCACUCACCUCAUACAGGAGUGCGAGGCGAGUCCUCACUGCCGCCGGCUCCAGCUCAAGGACCUGCUAGUGUCGGAGAUGCAGAGACUCACCAAGUACCCCCUCCUGCUGGAUAACAUCAUCAAAUACACAGACGCCGGUUCUCCAGACCUGCAGCCGCUGCUGAGGGCGCAGGUGUGUUGCCGUGGGAUACUGCAGGCCGUCAACGAGGUCGUCAGGGAGACAGAGCACCGGCAUCUGCUCAGCCAGUACCAGCGCAGGCUUGACUUGUCACAUCCCGUUGCAGCACAGUUCAAGAAUCUGGACUUGACCACAAAGAGGAUGAUUCAUGAAGGUCCUCUAACGUGGAAAGUCAGUAAAGACAAAGCUAUAGACGUCCAAGCUGUACUGCUCUCAGACCUGUUGGUGCUCCUCCAGAGAGGUCCGGACGACCGCCUGAUCCUGCGCUGUCCGUCACGCUCGCUGGGCGGAGUCGGGAACACGGACCAAAAAACGCCAUUUUCCCCCGUGGUUCGCCUCAAUUCUUCCCUCGUCAGAUCUAACGCCACAGAUAACAAAGCCCUGUAUGUAGUCAGCACGUCUGAAACACAGAUGUACGAGCUGGUGGCCGGAACGUCUUCAGAGAGAAACACCUGGAAGGACCUGUUAGAAAAGACAAUCGCGUUGGCGUCUGAAGGUGCUGCGGCCACCAAACAAGGAUCCCCCGCUCAAUCCUCUGUUCGGCGAUUACAUAACAGUCACGUCAACCAAGAUGAUUCGCUGAUAGAAGAGACGAAUUCUGUAGAGAGAACUUCACAGAGCGAUGACGAAAGCGCCCUCCCUACUGACACCCCAACUGACCAAUCAGAAGCCUUCGUAGAUGAUGACGCACACAAUAACCUGGAAGCGCGGCCCGAAGUCUCCGAGGCUGCUCUGGAAGACGUUGAGACACUCCGACAGCUCAUCUUCAGAGCUCUUGAAGAUGGGUGGAGCCAAGAUUCAGAUGACACGCCUACCAACGAAACAGCCAACGAAAGAAGCCCGUUCACAGAGGCGUCUGAGCCUAGCUUUAGCGAAAGCCCCAAUCAAUCAAUGCAAGAUCAUGUAGAUGCUCCGCCCACGGAGGCUGAGCGACCCAAUGUUCGGGUUAUGAGGAAAGCUGUGGGUGCGGGCUCUUCUUCUAUUCCUGAUGACAUCCCACAUGUCACCUCCAUCCAAUCUUCCGAAUCAAAAGGGAACAUGUUUUACCUGGUGAUGCCCAGAGACCAGAUGGGAGCUCUUACUGAAGAGAGCAGCACGGACGAGGUGAGCGACCCGAGUCCUUCAGAGGCACCGGAAGCCGCAUCGUCGUCUUCACAGCAAGACGACGAAGAGCAGGAAAGCCCACGCCGGUCCCAUCUGGAGGUGUCGAGUAACGAGGCAGGGCUCAGCCAAUCACAGGCCAGCACACAGCAGCAUGCGAUAAAGAACGUGGACGAGAUUUUUCAAACGAUGGACAAGCUGAUGAAAAAGCUGCAUCGGCUCCGGGAGAUCGAAGUCGACCAUUACAGACGUGUAAAGACAGAAAUGAAGUCUCCUGUAAGGCAAAAUUCAGAUGACGUCAUCCACACAGCUGCUUCUGUUGUCAGGAUGCCAUCCAUGGACAGAGGGGCCGGAGACGGUGAGUGGAUCAAAGGGAAAGAAGGAGACACCACAGACGCCACUCAGCCUGUGAUGCAGUCCACAGGAUUCUGACAUGUCUCUCUCUCUCUUUCUUACACACACACACACAUACACACACAUACACACACAUAUACACACACAAUGUGCUGAAGGAUUUUUUUCAAAUAAACAAAGAAAAAAACUAAGGGACCAGCAUUUCUGUCACCUUUCACAUCCUAUGUAGCUCCUUCCUACAAUCCCAGCAUGCUUUGCUCGUGGGAGAAGCCAGGAAUAUGAUGCAUGUUGUUCGUGUCCUCUACCAUGGGAAAGCGAGAGAGAGGACAGAAGAAGCUUCAGAACACGAAAGCUGGUAAGCAAGAAGACGAGAAAGAAAGAUAAAGUUCAGGAGGAACGUUCUGAAAUGUUGAUACGUAGACGGUUUAACGGUGCGCGAUAAAAGAAGGUAAAGCGAGGUUGAUACGAUGGUAGCGUUAAUGAAGGUUAACCGAGGAAGGCGCGCUUGAACGGGAUUGGCUGAGGAAAUGACUCCGCCCUCUGAAGGAAGCCCCAGCACUUUACCUGCUGUAUGUAUAUAACCUGUACUCGCGUUCAGCGCUCGCUCAUCAGUCAGAAAAGGGGAACGACGGGUUUAAUUUCCCAUAAUGCACCUGUGUCCGCUAUGGAUGUGUUGCUCCACCACUACUCACCUUUAUACUGUGUGUGUGGAUGGAAGACAUUAAAAAAAAACAAAACCCCCCCCCCCCCCCCACACACACACACACACACUUCAGGUUGUUUUGCACUGUGGUCCUGAGUAAGGAUGUUGCAUUACUAUCAUUGUGUACUGUGUUGUAGCGUUUCUUUGCUAAAUUAACACUAUACGAGAGGAAGUGAUGAAGGACUAGCGAGAGUGGUUUUGAUUUUUGUUGCGUUCUCUAUUUAAUCUCUACGCACAACGUUUAAUGCAGGAGUUCGUCCUCGCUACAAAAACAAGUACCUUGUCUCGUCACUGGACGCAUCUUUCAUACCUGUAGUGUGUGUGUUUUGCUUGGAAAGGGGUGAACUUUUAAAAUAUUACUACCUUAAAGGUAUAACAGUGGGUCUUAAGGUCCAGCUGUGUACCCUAAAUCGGUUAAAACGUACGCAAUGUUCUCGUUAUCGUGUAAAAGAUGCGUGCUAUGCCCAGUGACGAGGGAAGGUACAGUUUAGUGAGGGUUUUUUUUUUCUUUCUUUUCUUCUCUCAGAGUGUAUGUAGCACAGCACCACCACUGCUACACUGCACACUACUGUAUUGCUGUAUACGCAGACUGUCACUGCUGAGAGGGACGUAUUUAUAAAAAUCUAUAUAUGUAGCCUAAUAUCAUGUUAUCUGUGAUGAUAUCAAGUCUGCGUGAUGUAAAUACUGUGAAGUUUGUCCCUCACCUCAGCGAUGACACAUGAAGGGAUUCGAUCCGACCCAUUUCACACUGACCUGAGAUCGGAUUGGCUGCCGGUUUAAAAAAUGGGAUCUGAGAUCAGCGCGUCUUGAUUUUUGUCUAGUGACGGAUGGCCCUGGGCGAACAAGUGAAAUUCAGAGGUAGUCCAUGCUGCAGAACUAAAAGUCUAAGAGGUGGAGCUGGACCUAAUCCAUCUUCUUCAUAAAGCCUAACCACUAAUCCCUAACUCAUGAGGUGCUUUAGAACACGGAGCAACAAAAACGCUGAGUUGACUCCAUCCCCUUGGAGUUUGGUUUGACUCUGCCCAGGUAGGAGGAGUUGGAUCCGGUCUGACUCCACCCCUGCGAGUUUUAUUUUGACUCCCAACUCUUCCUUAGUUUUAUUUUGAUUCCCAACUCCACCCCCUGGAGUUUUAUUUCAACUCUGCCAAAUUAGAAGGAACCAAAUCAUGUCUGACUCCAUGCCCUGGAAUUUUGGUUCAACUCCCACUAGGUGGGAGGAGCUAGAUCAGAUCCGACUCCACCCUCGGAUCUUUGGAUCGACUCCGCCCUCCCAAUAGGAGGACUUGAAUCCAGUCAUAAUCCACCUCCUGGAGUUUUAUUUUGACUCUGCCCAGGUAGAAGGAGGUUGGAUCAGGUCUGACUCCACCCCUGGAGUUUUAUUUUGACUCUGCCCAGGUUGAAGGAGUAUGGAUCAGGUCUGAUUCCACCCUCUGGAGUUUUAUUUUGACUCUGCCCAAGUAGGAGGAGUUGAAUCAGGUCUGACUCCACCCCCAGAGUUUUAUUUCAACUCUGCCAAGGUAAAAGGAGCUAAGUCAUGUCUGACUCCAUGCCCUGGAAUUUUGGUUCAACUCCCACUAGGUGGGAGGAGCUAGCUCAGAUCUGACUCCACCCCCUGGACCUUUGGUUCAACUCUGUUCUCCCAAUAGAAGUAGUUGGAUCCAGUUGGAAUCCACUCCCUGAAGUUUUAGUUCAACUCUGCCCAGGUAGCAGGAGCUGGAUCAGAUCCAACUCCACCCCCAAGCCCCCUCCACCCCCCCCGGAGUUUUGCUUCUGCAGAAAGUGGUGCUUGAAAAUUUGUUCCUGAGUCAACCAGCGACUCAACAGCUUGGUCAUAAGACAUCACUACAACAUUGUGCGUAAAGUCCCUAGUGACUUGGCUAAUAAUAAUUUUAAAAAAUGUAAACGUGUGUAAUGAAGAAAUCUACAUGAAGAAAUUUGAAAGCUAAAGGUGAUGUCAUGAUGAAGUUUCUGAUUGUUUGAUCAGAUCUAACCUGAGCUCUGCCCUUGUUGCCCAGAGAUGUCCGUCACUGAGCAAAAUCAUAAUAAAUCUGAUUCGCCUAACACUAGGUUAAAACUCGUCGUGUUUAGCCGGUAAAUUCUAACACACAAAGGGAGAAGGAAGAUGUAUUUUUCCACUGCUGAGGUUUAUCAGUACGAGUGGAUUUAAUGUGUGUCUUACUACUGUGUAACUCAGGUGGAGAAAUGUUGACCUUAUUUCUCUUCUUAGCUUUAACUUAUGCACAGUUUUUCAUCAUCUCACCAUUUUUAUACUUUAAUUUCACCUCCCCAGCCCUAUGUCUCUCCAUCUCCACAUGUUCACACUUUGUUUUGUAAACAUUUUAUGCACAAUAAGGCGGGGGAGGCAAACUGCAAGAGCCAGAGCUUGUGGAAACUACUGUGUGCAUAUAAUUCUUUAUUCUUUUAUUAUUAUUUUUUGUUAUUAUUAUUAUUAUUAUUAUUAUUAUCAAUCUUGUUCACUCAUGUAAUAUAGACACCACACUCUUGUUUUAUAAAAUGUUCUUUUAUGUAAA